AUGAGAAGAUCCAGACUCCUCAGUGUGUCCUGCAGCAGGAGGUGGAACACUGCUCCACUGAUCGCCAACAUGGCGGCCCUCAGCUCUCCUCUGAGAACAUGUCGGGGUAUUUUAAAGGAGCUCCGAUAUCUAAAAGGCCCCGAGUAUAGAGGCACCAUGAUGUACACUUAUGUGAUGGAACAGUUCCGGAAAAAUCAGGUGACCAGCGCGCGACACUGCCGUGCCCAGAGAGAGGCUCUCCACACCUCCCACACAUACCUGUGUCUGGUAGAGUCCACACGCCAUCAUCUAGAGCUGCAUAAUCAGUACCACGGGAAAGGAGGGCGCCCCCUGGAGGAAGUGGCCCACCUUGUAGGAUUGCGCUUACCCACACAGCCUGGUGGUAAGGGCUGGGAGAAGUGAGAGACUGAGUAACAGAGGGAGAGCAGGAGGACGACUGGCUGUCAAUCAGAGACUGUCUUCAUUCUCACUCUGUGUGUUUGUGUGUCGAUUUGUAAAGAUCUCUUUGUCUUCGAAUAAAUAAAGUUUAUUCACA